UCCACAGAUGAGUGCUAAUGACUGUCAAGACCCUCCGAAAUACUGGACAAUCCAUGGACUAUGGCCUAACAAAGGUGAAGAUUGUAAUAGGACAUGGCACUUCAAUGUAACCGAGAUUAAGGAUCUUAUGUCAGACAUGAGACACUAUUGGCCUGAUGUGCUUCAUUCAUCCCAGAAUCGCACGCAGUUCUGGAAACACGAGUGGGAUAAGCAUGGAACUUGUGCAGCCACACUGCAGAUCCUUAAUUCUCAGAAGAAGUAUUUUGGUAAAGCUCUGGAACUCUAUAAGCAGGUGGAUCUUAACAGUUCUCUCCUGAAAGCUGGGAUAAAGCCGGGCAGUACGUAUUACAAGAUGACUACCAUAAAAGAAGAUCUCACACGAGUUUAUGGUGUAACCCCAAAGAUCCAAUGUCUUCCUCCAGAAGAGGGUGAAGAAGCACAAACAAUUGGCCAGAUUGAGUUCUGCUUCACCAAAAGCCUGGAGCUGAGAAACUGCGCAGAGCCGAAGGGUGAAUCCAAGGGGACGCAGAGUGACUUGCAGCUGGGAACUGGGGAGUUAUCUGUCUGCAAUGAUACUCUCCCUACCUACUACCCUUUACAGGUCCAAGGCCACAAAUAAAACCACAAGAGCUUGAAAAACUUUUUAAACAAAAACCCUUUAAGCAUUAUACCUU